AUGCGUGUUGCCGGCGUCGUUCCUUUCCUGCUCGCCGCUCUCCCGGCCGUCUCCGCCGACCGUGGCACCCUGGGCUUCGCUCUGGGCAACAAGAACGCCGAUGGGAGCUGCAAGACCUCGAAGGACUACCAGACCGAUUUCGAUGCCCUCAAGGAGGUGACCACCCUCGUUCGAACCUACUCCGCCAGUGAUUGCCACACCGCCCAGAACAUCAUCCCCGCCGCCAAGGCGAAGGGCUUCAAAGUUGUGUUGGGCGUCUGGCCUGACUACCAGCAAUCCUUCGACGAGGAUGUGGAGGCCCUGAGCAAGAGCGUUCCCGGAAACGAAGAUGUGGUGGAUGCCAUCACCGUUGGAUCCGAAGUCCUCUACCGUGGAGGCCUCACCGCCCAGGUUCUCUUGGAGCGGAUCGUGACCGUCCAGAAGAAGUUUCCCAAGGUGACGAUCGGCACCGUGGACAGCUGGAACAAGUUCGCCGACGGCACGGCCGAUCCCAUCAUCACUUCUGGCAAGGUCAACUACUUCUUGGCCAACGGCUUCGCGUACUGGCAGGGCCAGAAGAUCGACAAUGCCACCAACACCUACUUCGACGACAUGGCUCAGGCGAAGGCCCAUAUUGAGAAGGUUGCGGGCGACAACGCGAAGAACAUCCGGUUCGGCAAUGGUGAGACCGGCUGGCCGACGGACGGUGGCAGCGACUACGGCGAUGCCAAGGCCAGCACCGCACUCGCUCAGGAGUACUACAAGAAGGCUGUCUGCGGUAUGAUUGAAUGGGGCAUUGAUGUCUUCUACUUCGAGGCCUUUGAUGAGCCCUGGAAGCCGAAGAGCACUGGUGACAAUGGCCAGGCCUCGGAUGAGACUCACUGGGGUCUGUUCACCUCCGACCGCAAGCCCAAGUGGAACAACCUCCAGUGCCCUACUAACUGA